CGGGGCGUAGUCGGUCCAAGAGCCACGGGUUUGAAUGAAAGGAGACGGAAAUAGGGGGAAAAGGAAACUAGAACGGGGAGAAACUGUUCCCGAAAGGAAAUCGACUCGGAACCGUUUUCUGAUCGGAUCGGAACCGAGAAAGCGCACGACUCCAUUUUUAUCUUUCUAAUUUUGUUUACAGUUUUGUGAUCUCCAGAUAUUAUAAAAGGGGGUCGUUUUUGUUUUGUUUGUUUGGAAGAAAUGGGACAAAUCCUUGUGCACAGAGACAUGGUGCCUGAACCCGUGUUUUUCCCUCGGAACCGGUCCAGUUUUAGAGUGCAGCGUGUUUGAGUCGCUCCCAUCCUGGUGCUGUGUUGAUGAAUGGGAGAGCACACACACACACACUCUCAAUGAUCUGGGAACAUCUCCUGGAUGGUGGUUUUUGUGUGCAUUCCAACAAUCCCUGAUCUCCUGCAAUACUUCAGCAUCAUCUUUCCCCUCUGUUAUAAACCUGGAAAAGGCGUGAAAACACGUCUGAUCUCAGUCUCUUUCAGGAGGAAAACAAAAAGCUGCGAUUUGUGAUUUUAUUGCGUUUUUUUUCCGGCAUCUCUUUGUGUUGUGAUCCUCAAGAGUCCCUCCUGAAGAAAGAGAUUAGUCUUCCCUCAUCUCUCCAGCCUCCAAAAUAGAUUCUCUCAGGAGUAAAGUUGAGCUCCUGAAGCUGCCUCUCGCUCUCUCGUCCAAAUCCAUCUCGGAGCGUAAAACCCAGCUGGCCGGAGCAACAGAGCGGCACAGGGGCGGAGCUGGGGUCCACAAACCCCGCCCACUGGCCCCCGACAUGGACAACGAGUCGCAGUACUCGGGCUAUUCCUACAAGUCGUCGCAUUCUCGUAGCUCUCGCAAGCACAGGGAUCGCAGAGACAGACACCGCUCUAAGAGCAGAGACAGCAGAGGGGACAAAUCGGUCACAAUCCAGGCUCCCGGAGAGCCGCUACUCGACACAGAGUCCACUCGUGGAGAUGACCGGGAUGAUAACUGGGGUGAGACGACUACAGUCGUCACCGGAACGUCCGAGCACAGCGUCUCCAACGAAGACUUGACACGAGCUUCCAAAGAGCUAGAGGACUCGUCUCCGCUGCAGUGCAAGCGUUUCGCGGGGCCGAUUCUGAGCGGCGUGCUGGGUCUCUUCGCCCUGCUCACGCCCCUCGCCUUCCUGCUGCUGCCUCAGGCGCUGUGGCGUGACACGCUGGAGCCUUGCGGCACGCCCUGCGAAGGCCUGUACGUCUCGCUCGCUUUCAAGCUGCUGGUGCUGGCCAUCUCGACGUGGGCUCUGUUCCUGAAGGCCCCGCGUGCCACCCUGCCACGCUUCUUUGUCUUUCGCUGCCUGCUGCUGGCGCUUGUUUUCCUCUUUGUGGCCUCUUACUGGCUGUUCUACGGCGUCCGUGUGCUGGAGCCUCGGGAGCGGGAUUACCGCGGCAUCGUGGGAUACGCCGUGUCUCUGGUGGAUGCUCUGCUCUUUAUUCAAUACCUGGCGCUGGUCCUGCUGGAGGUGCGGCACCUGCGGCCCGCUUUCUGCCUCAAGGUCGUGCGCACUACAGAUGGCGCCAGCCGCUUUUACAACAUCGGCCAUCUUAGUAUCCAGCGAGCUGCAGUGUGGGUAUUGGAUCAAUACUACAGUGACUUUCCCGUCUAUAAUCCAGCUCUCCUAAACCUGCCCAAGUCUAUCCUCUCCAAAAAGAUGUCUGGCUUCAAGGUGUAUUCCCUUGAAGAAAACAGCACCAAUAACUCGACCGGCCAAUCCCGGGCGAUGAUCGCAGCAGCCGCACGCAGACGUGACAACUCCCAUAACGAGUACUAUUACGAGGAAGCCGAGAUGGAGCGGCGGAUCCGCAAACGCAAGGCCAGGCUGGUAGUGGCCGUAGAGGAAGCCUUCACACACAUCAGGCGACUCCAGGAGGACGAGGCGGCCGUGACCCCUAAGCACCCGCGCGAGGUGAUGGACCCCCGCGAAGCUGCCCAGGCCAUCUUCGCACCCAUGGCACGUGCCAUGCAGAAGUACCUGCGCACCACACGGCAGCAGCCUUAUCACAGCAUGGAGAGCAUCAUCUCGCACCUGCAGUUCUGCAUCACGCACAACAUGACGCCCAAAGCCUUUUUGGAGCGUUACCUGAUGGCCGGUCCCACCAUGCAGUACCAGCGGGAGAACGGCAGGGGACGCCAGUGGACCCUGGUCAGCGAGGAACCUGUGACGUCGUCCCUGCGUCAGGGCCUCGUGUUUUCUCUCCGACGCCUCGACUUCUCCCUCGUCGUCACGGUGACCGCUCUUCCCUUUUUGACGUUGGGAGAAGAGUUCAUUGAUCCCAAGAGUCACAAAUUUGUUAUGAGGCUGCAGUCUGAGACGUCCGUGUAGGAGGUGUACAAAGUGAAGAGGAAGAAGGCUCAUGGUCAAAAGGGGAAAGCACCACUUCUUAUUUUUUUUUUUUUUUUUUUAUCUCUGAGCCUUUUUUUUUGUUAUUAUUAUUCUCUUUUUGUUUUAUUUGUUUCUAACAGUUCGUAGACAUUUCAGAUUUGAGUUCCUGCAAACCCGCAUUUCCUACGACGACACCAAGAUGGUGUCACUGUGCAGAGCUGAGGGCCUUCAGAAAAGAAGUUGCUUAAUAGAGAUGUUUUUGCAACACCCACAGUGAAACUGCUGAUCUUGCUGAGCUGUGGGGGCAAAGUGUCAAAUCCCCAGACCAAGUGUCCUUUAUUUCAGCAACAAGUUUGCAAACACUUUUUUCUUUUUUUAUAUAUAGGUCAAACGCACUGCGGACUGUAGAUGCAUCAGUUUAUAGCUGUAAAGACUUUAUAUCGGUGAUCGAGUUUGCUGUUUGGUUUGGAUUCACUCUGCAUACGAUUAAACAAAACGAACGCUAAAAUUAACGUCUUUAAAACGUCGUUUUUAUAUCGUUUAGUCGCCAGGCAGAAACGAGCCGAAAACACUCACUGGGGUUUUUUUUUUUGUUGCCGAUUUUGUUUUCUUGUCGAAAAAACCAGAAACAUGUUUUUGCAAUACUCCAGAUCUGUGCUUCACCUCACUUAAACAGCUCACAUCUGAAAUUUAAGUCUCGAUGUGAUUCAUUUCUUGCAGACGAGGCGAUUAAAAGUUUCCCGCUGCAGUCAAACGCCUUUAUUCUCACGUGCUGAUAUACUAGGAUUCUAUUCAAAUACACUCAACACUUGUGUGUGUGUGUGUCUGUGUAAAAAGAAAAAAUGUGCCGUCAGAAAAUGAAUCAUCGAACGUUCAAGCAGCUCUGUUUUCCUGCCACAGGUUGCCAAUGGCAACAGUGUAGUGAAUAUAAAGUGAAACAUAAAAGCUAAACCGUUUUUCCCGAGUAAUCGAGUGAAUCAAGGCGGGCGGUUGGUUGGUUGGUUGGUUGGUUGGAAUCAGCUGCUUCCUAGACCUCAAUGGCAGCGAAUCGUAGCCUCUCUUUUUUAACACUACUGUAAUGAUGAACCUCUCUACUGUGCUUUACAUCAAACUUGUCUACAGAUUCAUCAUUACAACUAAUAUGUUUACUCUCACGUUUACUCUUCUCAUGAACUGGAAACACUCCAUACGUCGCCCAUGUGUGUAAAUAGCAGCCCCGUGUCACAGGGGCUCAUAAAAAACGCGUCUGUCCUCUAGAGAACGUGUUCACCCUCGAAACGCCGACGCUGCUACUCUUAGCAUUAUGCAAAUGAGAUCAGGACUGCGUUCGCCUUCACUCCUAAUGACUCAAUGUUUUAGAGUGGGUUUUUUCAUCUAAAUAAAUAAAGGGGCCUUUUUUUGUUGUUGGGGAAAAAAAAAACGAAACAGUGCUUCAUGCAACUACUAAAGAUUCCUCCGAAUAAGGAAGGAAAGUGUUGGGUAAUUUUUGUAAGUCAGAAGGUUGUCAAUCAUGUGACUUCUGUUUGUGUAAAACUACAGCUCAGGUCCGUGUGUGUCAGAGCGGAAAUUCACGUCACGUUCGUUUUGGACACAGAGGAGCAAGAAACUUGUGCUGGUCUGCCUUACAAUUCAAACAAAUCCCUUUACCAGCCUCGCACCGCAUGCUGAGGCCUUUAGCACACACUACACUUUUUAUACAUGUAUUUUGGCAGCUGUAAACCUGUUCCUCUUUUUUUGUACAUAAAUAAAAUGUCCAUUUCUUUUUAUUUUUUUUUAAAGAACAUUUUUAUUGCUGUGGGAGACUGAAAGUUUUAUUACAUGUAGGUUGUUUUUAAAAGAACCUCAGAGUUCUUCUUUAGGCCUAAUGCAUGCACAUAGGUAAUGAAGUUUUGUAACAUUUGUACUCUUCACCUUGUUCUUUUAAAAUGAAGCUAAGCCUUUAACCCUUUUUUUUUUUUUUACAUUUCCCAAAAGAAAAACAGAAAAUCCUGAAAUAGUGUGUUGUAAAGAGAUUUGUAGAUUUUGUUAUUGUGUGAAUUUUCUUUUUGUAUUAUUUUGAUAAUUUUAGAACUAAAAAUGUUACAGGCUUUUUAAAUAAAUGAUCUUGACUUGGUUUACAAA